AUGAACGGAUCCUUUUUCAACCAGACUUUCCUAGAGCAGGGAGCUUACCCCAACAGGACCCAGGGCUUGGGGAUGCUCAUGGCCUGUUGCAAUGGGACCAGCUCGGUGCUGGCGACCGACGGCGGCUCCCCCGUCCUGGCCCCGGAUGAGAGGAGCCUGUACAUCACACGGGUGGUGCAGAUCGCCGUCCUCUGUGUCCUCUCCUUGACUGUGAUGUUCGGCAUCUUCUUUUUGGGCUGCAACUUGCUCAUCAAGUCAGAAAGCAUGAUUAACUUUCUGGUGAAGGACCGAAGACCUUCCAAGGAUGUGGGAGCUGCAAUCAUGGGACUUUACUGAAGCCACCGGGCUUUUGUAGGCAAGUGAACUGUCUGGACCUGGUGCUGAGAUGCAGAUUCCCAUGUGUUUGGGGCAGCUGGGGGGGGGGAGUGGAAAGGGAGGAGGGCUCUUUUAAUGUGUCUGUGUCCAUGGGAAAGCAAAUCUGCGCUUUCCAGCCAACAAACCCUGUCCUGGUGAACAGGGAGAUCUCCCCAGAGUCAUAUGAAGCACAAUAAACGACCAGCAUUGUGUUGCAUGCAGAAAUGGCUUAAGUUUUGCAUGAAACUUGCAGAAACAGUGAUAAUGUGCAGAUCUGGACUCUUUUCUGCUGUUUCCUUGGAUACCGCUACCUGGGAUUUAGGGCUAAAAAAA